AUUGGUACUCAGUACUUUGUAUAAGAGGUAGUAUAUAUCUCUAAUACGUAUUUGAAUGAAAUAGAAUUGGAAUGGCCUUUUAUUCUCAUUUGUAAAAUAUAGUAUGUAUGACCUUCUCCAAUAGAAAUAUAUAUUUUUUUCUUUAUAUUCCCAUUUAUAAAAUAAUUUUAUUUUGAAUUAUUUUCACACCACCAUUUUUUUUUUGAAAGAACGCACCACCAUUUUCUAUAUAACUGGUGAUUAGUUUGUGAAUUUACUAAAAAAAAUAUUGUUACAAACUAUAACAACAAAAAAUUACUUUCUGUGGUAGAGAACAAAUGGAUCAUAACGAUGGUGGAAACUCAAGCAGUGAACAUACUUCGGUAAAUGCCAAGAAAAGAGAGAAAAGAACUUAUCGUCGCCACACUUUUCAACAAACCCAGAGACUUGAAGCUUAUUUCAAGGAAUGUCCUAAUCCAGAAGAAUCACAACGGCUCAGUUUAGGUGAAGAGCUGAAUCUUGAGCCAGACCAAAUCAAAUUUUGGUUUCAAAACAAGAGAACUCAAAACAAAACUCAGAUUGAAAGAAAUGCUAACAUCUUACUUCGUGAAGAAAAUAAAAAGAUCAAAUGUGAAAACGAAGCUAUGCUAGAGGCUUUAAGGAUCGUGACUUGUCCAGAUUGUGGUGGUCCUCCUCUUGGUGUAGAACGCGGCCACAAUUUCCAAAACUUGAGUCUAGUAAACACUUUUCUCACAGAACAGCGUGACGAAAUGGCAAACACUGUAUCCAUGAACCAGCACCAACAAAACAUGGUGAACUUAUUCGCUUCUGUUCAGGGACAACAAAUCUUUGAUACUCACACCUCGUAUGGAACUAUUCCAAACAGUCUCAUGAACGAUCCAUCGAACUCAGUAGGAUCAUCAACUUCUCAAGACAUCCAACUACAACUGAUAUCCCAAAUGGAUAUAACGCAAUUGUCUGAAACUGCGACAAGAGCCGUUGAAGAGCUCAAGCGGCUAUUUGUUACGGAAGAUUUGUGGGUUAUGUCGUCUAUCGAUGGAACAUAUGUGAUUGACCAAGAGAGUUAUGAGAAGUUCUCGCACUCGAUCAAACAUUUCAGGAAAUUGAGUGCUCGUGUCGAGUCUUCCAAAGAUGUCACGGUGGUUCCUAUAGAAGCAACGAACUUGAUUGAAAUGUUCUUGGAUUCGGAAAAGUGGAAAAGUCUUUUUCCAACGAUCGUGGCCAAGGCCAUGACGAUUCACAAGCUCGGAUCCGAGCUUCCCAUCAACGAAAACUGCAAUAACUUGCAAGUGAUAUGGGAGAAACUACACAUUCUGUCGCCGCUAGUGCCACCAAGGGAGUUUAUGAUCGUCAGGUGCUGCCAAAAGAUCGAUGAAGGGAUCUGGAUUGUUGCUGAUGUGUCACAAAGAAUCGUUGACUCUGACCAAAUCAACUCUUUUUGCUAUAAACGUCCUUCUGGCUGUCUCAUCAGAGCAUUUCCCGGUGCUCACUCCGAGGCAUGUCUUCAUUGCCUUGAUCUCACAUGUUUCUCUAUUCUUAAAAUGUAUACGUUAUAUAAUUUGAAGUUAAACGAAAUAAUGCAGGUAACAUGGAUAGAGCAUGUGGAAGUUGACCAUAAACCCGAUGCACAUUGGUUAUAUAGAGAGCUUUUAUGUGGCGGCUCAGGAUACGGGGCUAAGCGUUGGACCACCACUCUGGAAAGAAUGUGUGAGAGGAUGGCUCUCUCCUCCAUCCUAACCAUUCCGGCUACUGACUGGAGCGAAGCUAUAGCGACAGUGGAAGGCAGAAUGAGUGUAAUGAAAUUAGGGGAAAGAAUGGUGAUGAACUUCAACGAGAUGCUGACCAUGUCCGGGAAAGUUGACUUUCCACAGCAGUCCAAAUGUGGAGUCAGAAUCUCGAUCAGGAUGAACCAUGACUCCGGUCAACCAUCCGGUUUAGUUGUCAGUGCUGCGUCUUCUUUCUCAGUUCCGAUCACUCCUUUGCAAGUCUUCGACAGCCUGCUAAACAAUGAGACUCGUCACCAGUGGGACGUUCUUUGCUAUCGAUCCGCAGUCUCUGUGACCGCUCGCAUUCUCACCGGAUAUAAUGAAAACAACUACAUCACCAUUCUCCAGCCCACACAAAGAGAGGAUGAUGUCAUAUCUAUGUCACAAGGCCCAACGAGGAACAUGAUGAUGCUACAAGAGUGUUACAUGGACGCAUUAGGAGGCAUGAUAGUAUACGCUCCUCUCGACAUGGCUUCAAUGAGUCUCGCUACUUCAGGUGAAGUCGACCCUUUGAAAAUUCCAAUCCUUUCUUCUGGUUUCACCAUCUCAAACGAUGGCCGGCGAUCCAUGGUGGCUGAGGAGGGUGGAACUAUACUCACGGUGGUCUUUCAGAUCCUUGUCUCUGAAGACAGGAGGAUAAGAGGGCUGACUGAGCAGUCAGUGGACACGGUGACGAGUUUGAUCAGCUCCACUGUUCGAAACAUCAAGCUCUUGCUCAAUUGUCCUCUUGAGUGAGAAUGGAAGAUUCUCCUUUUCUCUUUUUUUUUUUACAACUGUUUGAGAUGUUUUUAUUUAUUUUUGGAUUUUGCAUGA